CGAUAACGUUCCAAGAGGAGCAUGGCGACUAGGACGUGUAACAAAACAGUUACAACAUUCAGAUGGAUAUAUAAGAUCUGUAGAGCUCAAAUGCAGAAAUCGACUGAUAGAAAGAGCAUUAGAUCAAGUAUUUCCGUUAGAACUAUGUUCACCCGAUAAGGAAGAAGUUGAACCAAUAGUUCCGUUAGAACAAAUACCUGAUGAGGUAACACCUAACGAAGACCACGUAGAUCUUACGGAGGAAAAUGAUAACUCGAAUAAUGAAGUUAUUAAUCCCAACUUCGACUAUGAAAUCGAAGCUUUACCAAUAAAGGUAAUGGAACCUCAUAUAACGAAGGAAGCAGAAGAAGAAGCUUCUUUGAGAGUUCAAAUCGAGAGAGAUACGAUUAAUCAAAGUACUCUCAUCAUUAAACCAAACUCGUGUAAAGAGAAUACGAGAAUCUAUACGGUGGUUAAAAAGAAACAAAAAGAGAAAUUGACCACUACUCCAGUCGAUAGACUGAAAGAACUUAAAGCCAAAAAGGCUAGUGAAGAUAAAUUGGAGUCUGGAUACAGACAG